AUCCGACGUUGUUAUCACAAAAUUUGAUCGAAAUUUAUUUUCAAUUUCGGCAUUUUCCAAUGUUCGUCGGUAUUUUUAAAAUAUUGAAAUUGAAAAUAUAAUUUGUUUUUUUUUCUAGGAUAUCUUCGAAGUGCCCUGAGUCCUCGGUAAUCAUUUCAAAAAUGCAAGAUAUUGAUGACUUUGAUCCUUUGGAUGAUAUCCUGCUUUCGGAUGAAGAACCUGUAGACCCUAAGAAUAUAAUUUUGAAAAAACCUUCCAUCUUUCAGAAACCAAAAGAAAUCAGUGCUGUCGAUGAUCUAUCUAAAGAAGACAAGAAGAAGCGAGUGCUUGCUGAACUAUUCGGUACUAAACAUGAACCUGAGAAAGAAAGUAAAGAAGAACCCUCUAAACAAGAAGAAACUGCUAUUUCUCAAACAAAAUAUGACUGGCUUGAUUUGAAAGCUGAAACAAAAUCCACUUUACCGGAGAGUACAUCCAAUAAAACUGUGACAUGGAAAACCCCUGCAGAGAAGUCGCUCACUUUCAUCGAUGAUACCAAUAAAAAUGAUAAUUUUGGCAAUAAACUACUCACCGCCGAGAAUGAUGACAUAUUUAGUGUAUCGCAAACUUCUAUUCCUCGUAUCACUGAAACGUCGGAUCGCCGGAAAAGUGAAAGUAGCGCCCAAAGUGACAGUAAAAAAUCAAAACAGAGGUUUAAGUCGUUAGAUCUGGAUUUAGAUUUCGAUUUUGAUCAACCCAAUGAAGCCGAAUCGUCUAAGAAUAAGAAUGUACGAGAAAAUAAAGAACGAAAAGUCGAGAGCAACAGUCUGCCUGAAUCAGAGAACGUUGCAGUGAAAACAGCUGACGAGGAUAUGAAAAAAAAUACCAAUCAGGAAACAACUAAACGAGAUGUCACAGAGUUAUUUUACGUGCCGUCCAUUGGUAAUCGUCGAUCAGGAACUCCCAAAGGACGAAGUCAAAUAUUCGAUUCAGCUGUAUCUUCUUCGUUUCUAGUACCAGAUCAUUCGCAAAAUGUAGUCAAUUCCGAUUCAUUGAAAGAUUCGCUUCCUACUUGGUUAGAGCCUAAAAAAAAUGAAGUGCGAUCCGCGCCUACAAUUUCUAGAUCAGAUAAACUUAAUUAUGAAAAACUUGGAAAAAGUGAAGGAACAGUCGAUGGCAGAAAUAUUUCAGAAGUCAAAGAUAAUCUUACACUAGAGGCGAAAAGUACAAAAAUUGAUAGUUACGUAGAAAGCGACGUAUUGUCCACCGUUCUCGAGCUAAAAAAGAAACAAGAAGAAUUGAAAAAUAUUGCCAAAGCUCAAACGAACAGUCUGAUUCGUCAUGAACAAGAAAUUCAAAAUUCCGCUGCAAAACUCAUGCUUCAGCAUCGCAGUAAUAUGAAUGCUUUAAUGCAGAUAAUCUCGCCCGAUAGCAUUAAUAGCGAAUUUAACGAAAAAUUAGACAAAGACAAGGAUAAGGACUUACAAAUUAAAAUCGAAAAUUUCGAAAAUAACGUGUCGCAGUUACAGAUGAAAUUAAUUCAGCAAGAAUUGGAAAAAUCCGAACUUCAAUUGAAGUUGGAAUAUGCCGAAAAGAAAUACUCUACAGAUUUAAAUGCGCUUGAAGAUUUGUACGGUUAUAAAUUACAAGUUGCCAAAGAGAAAGAAAAUCAUUUAAAAAUGGAAAUACAAAAUAUAGAAGAAGAAUACACUAAUAAAUUACAACGAAGAAAAGAAAAUGAAAACGAAAUAAUUAGUUCUUAUAAAGAAAAAAUACGGAUCAUGCAAGAAGAACAUUUGAAUGAAAUGAAAUACAUCGCUGAUUAUCGCGGGGUUCGAUCCUCUUCUAGAAAAUCUGAAACGGAAUUAAUGAACGCUGAUAUUUCCAAUGAGAAGACUGUUUCGAAAGAGUUUACUACGAGAGAAAUAGCGUUAGAGAACAGAAGAAGGGAAUUAUUAGAAUUAGAAGAUGAACUAAAUAAGCAAAAGUUGGCGCUAGAAGGUAAAUCUACAGCGUUGAAUACUAGAAUGGAAGAAUUCGAAGCAAGAAGUACCAAACAGAAAUUGGCUGUAGAGCAACAGAAAAAAGAUUUGAAAUUAUCUCAACUGAUUUUGGAAGAAAAAGAGCUUUCUUGGGAAAAAGAAAAACAACGAGAGAAAGAUUACUUGCAAAGUUAUAAACAAGAACUUGAAAAUAUGAAAGAAAAUUUACUGAAAGAAGAAAAAAAAUUAAUGAAAGAGAAAUUUGAAAUAUCAACCGAGAAAGCUCGUAUAGAAGCUAUUUUGAAUCUGGACGGAACUCCCGGACAAAUAAACAAUGUUUUAUUGAACAAAGCAGAACUACAAGGAACAUUGGAAGAAGUCAAUCGUUUAAAAGAAAAACUACAACUUGAACGCGAAGAAAUCAAAAAGGAAGAACGACGUUUAAAAGAAGAGAGCUGGAAGUUGAAGGAAAUCGAACAACAACUCAUGCUUCAGAAUAAACAUUAUCAAAAACUACUUAAAGAAUCCGAAAUGAAACAAGAAGAAGGAAUUCAAGCGCUAAAAAAAGCUCAGAAAAUAGAAAGUCAGAUGAACGAACGAAUAGAAGAAAUUGAAAACCGCUUAUCAAAUCUGAGAAGAAAAGAGGAGCAACUAACUCAUGAGAAAAUUGAAGUGUCGAAGGAACGAGAUCUUAUAAAUAAAAAGAGAUACCAACUUGAUAUGAUUUUGCCUGAGCUUACGUACGAUGAACAGUUGCCAUUCAACAUUAUGAGCAGAGGUAUUAUUGAUCCGAAAAUUAUGAUAAUGAAAUGGAAAGCUGAAAAUGAUAUGGAUUCAUUAUUUGGACAUUAAAACAAUUGUAUACGUAACAUACCUAUUGUGAACAUUAUGAAAGUGUUGUCGCGCAUUUAAAAUCAAAUUUUUCGUUUGAAACAAAAUAAAUAUUGUACUGAUUUUCUGAAA